CCUGGUCUGGUUGCCGUGGCGACCGCAAAGCGGCGUCCUCUCCAAGCGGCCUGCAGUAGCGGCCGAGGGAGGCGAGGACGGCGGGGAGCAUGGUGCGGCGUGAGUAGCCGCUCCUCGGUCGCGGUGGCGUGGGGGAAGCUCCGCGUGUGGAACGCGGGGCUUCCGGAGUUCCCCCAAGGCGCCUCUUGCAAGCCGGCCUCGUCCAGAAAGGGCGGACGACAACUCCCAUCGGCCACGCUGUGAUGGGCUUUGUUGUCCGCCGCGCCCCCGUCCCAGGAAAGAAAGACAAAGCAGCUGUCUUUCGAACGAGGCUCCCUCACUCCUGGCACCUGCAGGGUGUAGUGGUUGGAUCACAACUCCCAUCAGCCCCAUCCCCUAAAUAGUAAAUAGAAAUGUGUGUAUUCACAGAAGAAUUGAUUAGACAACGGGCAGAACAUAACAACUGUGAACUAUUCUCUUUGGAAGAAGUUUCCCUGCAUCAACAGAACAUAGAGAAAAUUGAACAUCUGGACAAAUGGUGCCGAAAUUUAAAAAUUCUCUAUCUCCAAAACAACUUGAUCUCCAAAAUUGAAAACGUGAGCCGACUGAAAAAGCUUGAGUAUUUAAAUCUGGCUUUAAACAACAUUGAAAAAUUUGAAAAUUUGGAAGGUUGUGAAGAUCUGCAGAAGCUGGACCUGACGGCCAAUUUCAUUGGAGAAUUGUCCAGUGUCAAAAUACUGAAAAAUAAUAUACAUCUUGAAGAGCUCUACCUUGUAGGAAAUCCAUGCACUGAUUUUGAAGGCUAUAGGCAGUUUGUGGUUGCUACCCUACAUCAACUCAGAUUUUUGGAUUGCAAAGAGAUAACACGGUCAGAAAGGAUUCAGGCUGUACAGAACUACCCUGCGCUAGAAAGAAAAAUCCAGGAACAGGAACAAAACUAUCUCCUGAAAAGAGAAGAAGAAAAAAAAGAGGCAGAAAGAUGGAUGCUAGAAAAACAGAAGGAAAGGAAGGAGAAGAAGAAGAAGAAAGGACAGUAUCCGGGGUUUGAUAAACAAUCAUGCGCAGAUAUCAAGACGCCCACCUACUACUCUGUAGAAGGAGCAGAGAACCACCGAAAUUCUGAAGAAGGAGAUGAAUUUCGUAAAUUAAUACUUGAGGACGACGAUGAAGACCGUGACUUUUGGGAUGAACCUGUGCCUCAUACCCCAGAGGCUAGGCUAGAAAUUCACCAGUAUCUUGAAGAGAAAAGGAAAGAAAGAGAAAAUAAAGAACAAGGCAACAAAGAGAAACCUCUGAGGACUUUGAUCACCCCAGAAGGAAGAGUUUUAAACGUAAAUGAAGCCAAGCUUCCUUUCUCCUUGGAAGAAGACGACAAAAAAAACCGGUUCAUUUUGGAUCUUGCUGUUUACAGACAUUUGGACAUCUCCUUCCUUAAUGUUGAUGUACAGCCUACUUAUGUCCGGGUAAUGGUCAAAGGAAAGGCAUUUCAACUUGUGCUACCCGAAGAAGUCAAGCCAGAUAGCAGCGUUGCUGAAAGAUCUCAGACUACUGGACAUUUGGUUAUCAGCAUGCCAAAGGUGAAAGAUGUGAUAAUAACUAGCCAAAAAGCAUCCAUUUCUGAGAAAACAUUUGAUCCCAGGAAACUGCAAAGAAAUCUAAGAAGACACGAGGGUCUGGAGAAGUUGGAAGUGGAUCCUACCAAAUAUUCCUUCCCUGAUGUGACAAAUAUUGUCCAUAAAAAGGGUCGGAUGGGACAAGGACCUUUAAGGCUUCAACAGCCCAAAGUUGUAGACACCGAGAACUUGAGCUUUGAAGAUAACCUAGAAGUUCCACCUUUAAUUUAAAGAAUUAAUACAGAGAAAGCUUCUUUUCUGGUUAGAACAUCUUUAUCUAGUAUUUUUCUUUAUACACACGUUCACCUAUUCACUAUUCUGGUCGCUGGCGGAAAUUGAAAUUCUUGCCACAAUUUGUACCCAGCUCUGUUAAAUGGUAUGUCAAGUCAGGCUUCUUUGCAUCCUGUUUUAUAGGGUUUUCUCUCUUCAAGCCUAGUUCAAGUAGGAAUUGUUGCUGGGGUGAGGGCAUCUAUUGUAAUAGUUCCUGGCUUCAACACGGCAACCAACCUGCUGAUUAAAACCUUGCUCCUUUUACAGGCAGGUGCAUGAUGCACAUGAAAAAGGAGUGGGCCUUUGAUUGAUCAAUUGCACCGUCAACUACGAAGGCAGCAGUGAACGGUUUGGGGCUAUCAGGUGUGCAGAAUUCUUUUUUCUUGCCUGAUGCUCAGGAAGCUCGGGGCGAAAUUAAGAACGGUAUCAUUACUCUUUGUAGUCAAAGGGCAUCAUAAUAAACAGUAAUGAGCAUUCCUGAAGAUUUUUUCUAGACCGGUGUUUCUCAACCUCGACAAUUUUAAGGCAUGUGGACUUCAAUUCCCAGAAUUCCACAGCCAGCAAUGCUGGCUGUGGAAUUCUGGGAGUUGAAGUCCACAUGCCUUAAAAUUGUCAAGGUUGAGAAACACUGGUCUAGACUAUGAUUCCAACAAAAUGUUGGAGGAACCUACAGAAAUAGAGCCAAAGGAAGGAAAUGUAAAUAAAUUGGGCAGAUGAAUGCCAGCUUUUCUUCCUUGUGGGUUCAAACCCUUUAGUUUGUUUCCAUUUUUCCUUGUCUCAAUUUUAAACUAUUUCUAUAUACACAACUUCCUUCCUUUUUAAUUUUAAGCAUGCUAACUGCAAUAGAGAUGAAGGAAGCGCCCGGCUUCUUUCUGCCAACUUUAUUAACUUAUCUACCAACUACAUUCAUAAUUUCUUCCUUUUUUUUUAUUCCUAUCAUCCUAUCCAAGUUAAUUCUUAAUAGCUUAGUUAAGAUAAGCCCUUGUAAGCAAUACUGACAGCAUUUUCCCCCCUUCCAAUACCGUCUUUACUGAUUUACCUUUCUCGCUUGAAAUAGUGGGUCUCAUUUUCACUAGAAUUGUAUGCCUGGAGCCAUCCCACUUUAAAACUACAGAUAUGGUUCAUGUGAUCAAAUGUUCUCCUGAGUUAUAGAGAAUGGUAUUUGUAGGUAUCCAGGUAGAAGGAAGCGUUAGCCUAGAACGGCAUACAAUUAUACAGGCCCUCCACCUUGAAGUUUGAAAUGGUUUGCUUGAAAGACAGAUGUUACCACCUCAAUAAAAGGCAGGAAACCAAAAGACAAAGUGCUUGUGUAAAAUAUUCACAUACCAAGCAGGUGAUCUUUUCUACAGGAAACUAUUUUUCUAUAUUGGAGGUGAAAAUCUAUGUAUCCGGUAUGGUAGAGCCAGGAAUAAAGAUAAUUUUGAGUUGUUGCAGCA